AUGACCCUUGUGGCAUCAGUCAUGGGUGCCGCUAUCCCAGUUCCUGUCGAGGAAAGCAACAUUGAGGUUAAACGUGCCGAGGGACAGGAGGAUGCUGGCCUACAGAAGCGCGACGAAGGAUACGGCGAUGGAUGUGCUCGCAAGAGGAACUGUUAA